AUGGCUGCGUUUUCUCCGUUCCGCUCGGGGGCGCAUCUACAGUUCAAUGAGAACGCGAGAAGUGGCCAAUGCACGUUGCUGGGCUCAUUGGCAGGCAUCACCGUGCGAAACUGGGACAUAGCCAUUCUCCCAACGUUCCUGGGUGGCGAGUGCAACCCCCCUGCCAGCACGGCCGACGAUCCGCAUUUCCGGGGCGCAGAUGGCACGCAAUACGACUUCAACGGCCUCCUCGACCGCUCCUUUUGCUUGGUUUCCGACCGUCGGAUCCACAUCAACAUGGCAAUCAAGGGAUACCAGCCCAUCGCGAAUCUCCCUGGCACGGCGACAUCGUUGGACGAAGAGUCGCUCGCUGCAGCGGUGGAAGCAGCGGCCAAUGAGAAGAAGCCACGUCAUAUCAGGCAGCUGGAACAAGAACGGCUGAGCGUGGAGGAACUGAGCAAGCUGGAGAAAAUGCGGGCCAAUGGGAGCCUGCCGUUGACUGCUGAGGUGGAGGCGGCGCUUGACAGAGAGACGGGUCGUCGCAGUGGCGAAGAAGGCUCCAGGGGUGAAGGGGAAGAGAAGGAGCAGCAUUCAAUUCAGUAUGCGAAGCAUGAGCUGAAGGCGAGGCUUCUGAAACAAAAGCCGAUUCGCAGCUGGAUCAGGGAGCUUCAAGUGAUGUGGCGUGAUUCGACUGGCACACAACACUCGGCAUUCUUUAAGGCGCGAGAUGGCAAGGAGCAAGGGAGGGGCAGCAGCGGGUUCAUCAACCGACUGGAGCUCGACGGCUCGCCGGUGGCCCCGCCUCUGUCCGAAGGCUCUUUCAUCGUUGGCAGCGGCGGGUUCAAGCUGCUGCUGGCGGAAACAAAGAGCUGCAAGGGAAAGGACGAGGACGAGUUUCAUCUCACGAUCGAUGGCGUGGUGGACAUGGGCAUAUCAGCGCGUUUGGCACAUCCGCUCAUGCAGACAGCUAAGGAAGCCCAGGCGCAUUUCAACGUGCACAUCGCCCGGCUCAAUGUGAGCAACCUUCUGAUUGUUCGCUCUGUGCUGGCUGUGCUGUGCCGGGCCGCACACGAGCGGCAUUCACGGCCUGCUGGGUCAGACCUUUUGAGCCGAGGAAUCCCGCAAGGUGCGCUCGCUGCGGUACCGCCUGCUGACCCGCCUGCUGCGCGAGCUAGUGGAGGUGGAGAGUGA